AUGAUUCCUAUUUUUGGACGAUGCGUGCCAGAACUUAGCUUGAUUAGUAAUGAGGUUGUAGACUGGAUGUACACAACUCAUGGACACAAAAUAACACAGUCGAAUCACGACCUUUUAAAUCCAGCUGCACUGAAUCAGUAUGCUGAUGCCAUUAGUAAUAAAGGAGCAGCACUGAAAAUUUGUUUUGGUCUCAUAGAUGGAACUGUGCGCCCCACUUCUAGACCGGAUGCAAACCAGAGAAUUGUAUACAAUGGACAAAAACGGGUUCAUGCGCUUAAAUUUCAGUCUCUUGCGCUCCCAAAUGGAUUAAUUGACCAUCUAUAUGGUCCUGUUGAAGGAAGGAUGCACGAUGCACGAAUGUUGGCAGUUUCUGAUCUAUAUGAUGAUUUGGAAAAUUUUGCUUUCUGUCCAGCUGGAAGAGAAAUGUGUUUAUAUGGGGUCCAUCUCCAAGCCGAAUUGGGGUUUUAA